GCCGGCUGCGCGUGCGCUCCACAGCGCCGCGCCUCUCCGGGAUCCUCUGGCGCAGAGAAACAGCGUCGCUUCGGCCGCCUUGACAGGGAGGACCGCGCCGGGGUUGAGGAGGAGGGGGCCCCGAGGAUGAUCUGAUUCCACAGGGGUCAGACCGGCAUUUAGAAGCGGCUCUGGUCUUCGGCUGUCGUUGGAGGAGAGACGCAGAAGCGGUGACGCGCCUAAUCUGCGAGGGGUGUGUCCACUGAGCCAUGAUGUCAGUCCAAACUCCAUCUCUCUCUCGCUCUGGCUCCACCCCUUCUACCGGAGGUCUGGCUAAUCGCCCUUCCCCGAACCCACCAAACUCUCUGAGCCUCCGCUCGUCUUACAACCAGCUGCUUGGCCGGGAUAUCAUCAAGGAAUCGAUGGAAACAGGAAGCUCAGCCACCCUGCCCAAGAGCAGGCAGAAGAACACAAUGACCAGUGUGCGAAGCGUCAUGGGAAUCAGUGACAACCUGGCUUUGUCGUCUAAAAACCAAUCUGCAAUCAAAGGUAGGGGCCUUCCAACCAAGUCUUCCUCCAGUUCCGCUCUCUACUCUUCAUCCUUUUCAUCGUUUUUUAACGGAACCAACCCCAAACUGGCAAAGAAUGGAGCCAACAUGCAGAGGCGAGCUGAGAGCCAGCAGUUGGAGCUGAGCAGGGCCAACACGGUGGACAAAAUUCACAACCAUCUGAUUGAUAACCCAAGUUCAGAUUGGCCAGAGUUCGGCAAAGACAACUCACAGUUGCCCCCAUAUCGUAGAAGGACCAAGAGCUUCUUGGACUACCAUGGCAAAGGUUGGGAUCUGGAUUUGGGCAAAAAAGAUGACAAGAAAGAGAACAAGCAUCAGCCGUCCUCGGAAAAGGAGCAGGCCAGUCCUGCGAAAGAGAGGGAGAGCCAAAAAGAAGAGAAGCUGAGCAGCAAAGACUCAAGUCUGGAAGAGAAGGAAGAUGUGGAGGUUAUGGUGGAGGAGGAGGAGGUGGAUGAGCCCACUCCAACUCCAAAACAACCCCUGCUGCCAGUGGUGGUGGAAGCUCCGCUUUCCCCAACCUCCUCUUCUUCCACAGGCAGCCCGGAGUGGACACCAGAAAACCACAACAACCUCCAAAGCCAAGCAACACAUGUCAGAGCAGAGCAGUGUGCCCAGGUUCAGGUGUGUCCUCGUAGUCCUGCUAAGCCCCCACGAAGCUCCCAGCCCCGCGUGAUCAAAGUGGAGCUGCACCCCAACAACGAGAACCAGUUUUUGCAGCAGUACCCACCGUCUUCACCCAAACAGCCCAGAACGGCAGAGAAGAGCAAUCCUACUAAGACCCAGGCUCCUCAUAGCCUGACCAUCCCUGAAGCGGAAACUGGAGUCCCUAAAGUGAGCUUAAAAAUGGAUCUGAAUCCUGAAACUCCGUCGGAGGACGAAGACUCCAGCUGGACCACAUUGUCCCAGGAGACACCCUCUCCACAGACUCCACAUGAAACAGAUAUGUGGGUUGAGGGGGACCUGCCCCCGGGCUGGAGGGAGAUAUCCGACUCAUCUGAGGUCUAUUUCUGGCACAUCCCCACCGGCACUACACAGUACGACCGACCUGUCGCCUCCGACACCACCUCGUCCAGUAAUGAGCCAGAGGCUGAGCUUGACCAGCAAAGCGACAAACAGGAGUCUCUUAAGCUGCCGACGGAGCGUCCCAGCAGCCUGAUAUCUGACAGCUCGGUGGAGCCUGUUCCGUCCCCCAGCGGCUCAGUUUCCUCCCAGUCCUCCCCCUCCACACCCUCCAAUGCUAUGACUUCUCCUGGACACACUGUGGACACCACCACCCGCACCAUCAACGAGCUGAAGGACUAUCCAGUCUAUCCAGAUCCCAGUCUGAAAGCUUUUGAAGGAGCAACUCUGCGCUAUGCCUCUCUAAAACUCAACCCUACAGCUCAGCUGCAGACUGUGGACCUUGACAGCACAUAUCCGGAUGCAGAGGCAAUGUCCUUUCCAGUGCGUUCUCUUGGAUGGGUGGAGAUGGCAGAGCAGGACCUGUGUGAGGGCAGGAGCAGCGUGGCCGUCCACCAGUGCAUCCGGCAGCUGUCCUACUGCAGGAGGGACAUACGGGACUCAGCCGGUGUCUGGGGAGAGGGUAAAGGGAUGCUUUUAGUGCUGGAGGAUCGCAUGUUGAGCCUGGUGGACCCGGAUGACCGCAGCUUGCUCCACUCUCAGCCAAUCAGCAGCAUCCGUGUCUGGGGCGUCGGGCGAGACCAUGACAGAGAAAGGGAUUUUGCCUACGUGGCAAGAGACAAGAACACCCGGGUGCUGAAGUGCCACGUGUUCCGAUGUGAUACUCCUGCCGCAGCCAUCGCCACAAGUCUCCACGAAAUCUGUUCCAAGAUUAUGGCUGAAAGAAAAAGUGCCAAAGCUGCAGCUGGCAGCUCCUCCCAGAAUGGCUCUGAUGUGCCGCUACAAGAGUUUCCGAUGCCAAAGACGGAGCUGGUGCAGAAGUUUCAUGUGCUCUACCUGGGUGUGACUUCUGUGUCUCGUCCAAUAGGCAUGGAUGUCAUAAAUGGGGCCAUAGAGAACCUCCUAUCAUCAACAGGCAAAGAGGACUGGACUCCCGUCAUACUGAGCAUUGCUGACACCACUGUGGCCGUCAUCAAAGAAAAGGAGGAGGAAGAGGAAGUACUGGUGGAGUGUCGUGUUCGGUUUUUGUCCUUCAUGGGUGUGGGGCGGGACAUCCAUACAUUUGCCUUCAUUAUGGACACUGGGAACCAGCACUUCCAGUGUCAUGCUUUCUGGUGUGACCCCAAUGCUGGCUGCGUUUCAGAAGCAGUGCAGGCAGCUUGUGUGCUCCGGUACCAAAAGUGUUUGGUGGCCCGGCCGCCCUCUCAGCGAGCCGGCUCUUCCUCCUCCCCCUCUCCGGAUUCAGUGACCCGACGGGUGACCACCAGUGUGAAACGCAGCGUCCAGUCUCUCAUAGACACUCUGAAACCCAAGAAACAGUCAUCAGAACUACCACAGCAAUGACCAUCACCACUGGCCACUCACCCCAGUCCAGCCUGGAAACCACCAACACCAUCUUCACUCACUCAGACAGUACCAGCCGUGGUAAACAAGGAUGUACAGUGAAGACGGUAUGACAAAAACAGGAAAAAAAUGGAAAUGGUUAGAGUUAAAUAUGCCUAUGGAUAAGAAAAAAAAACAUGUUUUUUUGUAAAUGGAAUUGGUAAAAAAAAAAAAGUUGUUUUUUACUUGUAGAAAUUGGAGCUCUAAAAGAAUCCAUCUCACCUUUGACAAAUUACUUGAUAACAAACAACAGAAAGAAUUUCCAACAAAAAAGAAUAUCAAACUUCUAUUUGCUCUUUGCUAAAGGAGCAACAUAUUAUGUAAAUGUGUUUUUUUUAUUUUCAUAUCCGUCUUUUUCUGAAUUUCUGGACUAAUUGAGCUACAGUAGAAGUAGAAAGUGUCUUGCUGUUGUAAAAAUUAAAAAGGAGAAAAUAUCCUUUGAGAUCAGAUGUGAAGUGGCUUCAGCUUGAGGCUGGCCACCAAAAUGGCAUUUUUCAGAGGUUAAGGAGUCACUUGAAAUUGACACACACAGCCUCUGUGAAGCGAUUGUUAAAAAAGUGACACAUGUGUAAAUGAUUGUAUGUAGAAAGGUAAAUAUUAGGGCACAAAAUCUGUAGAUGCAGCGUCAGAGAGAUGAGAUGUUUGUGACAGACAGUGUGGCUGAAAUAGGGCUUUUGAUUCUGCAUGUAUUCUUGAUGGGGGCGUGGUUAAUGUUAGCGGUUUUGGUAUGAGAAAAAUACACAAAAAAAAAAAAACAUAAUCACAUCUUUACUUAACUGGCACAAAAAUCCAUCUUAACACCUAAAUAGAAGUAUCAUUUGUAAAAAAAAAAAACAACUAAUGAAUGUCAGUUUCUUUUGUUCACUUAUUUAUUGAAGACGGUUAGAGCAGAAGAAGGCUGGGCGAGUUUCACAUAGUGGUUUUCUCUGGCAAAAACAGCUGCUGCAGGCUUAUCAAUCUUCUAUCAAUCUCUGUGCUCCUAUCUCAGCACCAAACAAGACAUUUGUCUUCAUUUGGUCAACGAAUGUGCCUGUCAGUCUGACCGCUGCAGUACAGCCAGUGAAGCUGAUGGAGAAAGCAAUAUGAUGAGCGUCAUGAUCUCAAGCAGCAGUCAUAAUUAAAAGAAAAUGUUUUAUAAUCCUGCGUUUAUACCGGGCAUGGGACACACAUUCAAGAACAUAAUAAACAUGCAUUUAACCCAUUAUGUUCACACUGGACAAUUAGGGAGGGGCUCCUUCUUGUCUUUUUUUUUUAACUGUUUACUAGUGCAUGUCCACUGUCUACAGUUGGGAAAGGUUUGGUGUGAAAUCUGGUAAAUCUUGGUCCAGGCUUUUUCUGUCAGAGCUCUAAUUCAAUAUAUUAAAGACUUGAUGUCAUAAUUUCUCCAUCAUGAUUGAUUUUCAAACUGUUAUGUGAAUUAAAGAGGCCGCCAUCCAUACCAGAUCCGAGUCCCUGAUUGGUCAAAGUUCAACCUAAUUUAACUUUCAACGCUUGUUCAAUGUUUGGUUCAUAGACGGUACAAAACAGUCUUAACCAUUUUUUUCUUUUAAAGAUAUUCAUAUAUGUUUUUUAUCCUCUUAUGUGACCCGUAAGAUUUUAGAAAAAAAAACUCAAUUACCUUUUAAAGGGUUAAUUUAUACAAACACACAUUCAAAAAGGAGCUAUAAAAAAAUGUAAAAAUUCAUGCAAAAACAAAAUAAAUCUGUUCUGCAACAAACACACUGCAUGCAGCAUUUUCCGCUUAGAUCUGGCACAUGCAGCUGAAGGAGGCGGACGCUCAGACAAAACACUAUGGUGACUCAAGCCCUUAAGCAGUCUUUGAUGUAUUUGGAUGCAUUGGAUUGUAAUGCUUUUUGUACACACACACACAAAUGUUGACAUUUCAUGAAUGUAGAAAUAUUUCAGUUCAAACUUGUCAAAUUUCUCAGGAAUUUUUAUGCAGAUAUCCAAAAUGUAUCCAGAAAAUUCCGGGUUCUGACUGAGGCGGACGUGAAGCACUGGGAGGCAUAUCCACAGCAGCACACAACCCCAUUUGUAGUGGUUGGAAGGCAUGGCAAAGGUCACAUGUGUUCCAUACACUAUAGUUUAACAGCGUUAUCUCAACAACAGAGAUUUGAGACAGUUGACUCCCUCUCACAGUCAAAACACACUAAUAUGCACACAUGGCGGAAAUUAAUGUCUAUGUUUAAGCAUAAAAGAAUGCCGUUGAAAACUGUUUUCUAUGCUCAUGGGGCUCAUGGCCACCACCUGCACUCAAUGUGAAAUCUGUCGAAGCAUUUAUGUGGGUAAAAAUGCACACCAAAUAAGAGAAAUGCGAAACAUCGUUUUCUGUUUGUCACUUGUCUCUACACCGUGUAAAUGUAUCAGUUGUGACAAUAAAAGCAUUACCAUUAAAAAGGAGCA